UUUACAAUGCAAAGUUCAGAUCAGAAAUCUUAACAAUCAGCCCAAAGUUGACUGCAAAAAAAAAAAAAAUUAAAGGUCCUGCUGGUUUCCAAUUUCUUAGCAUCAUGAACUUAGAUGAUGACACAAAGUGGCUCGAGUGGGUAGCCAAACAGUUUGAAAGUAUCGCCGGGGAAGAUAAAGAGAUCGACCUGGACGAAUUCAAAGCUGCUCUCAAGGUGAAGGAGUCCUUUUUCGCUGAGCGUUUCUUUGCUUUGUUUGACUUGGAUGGAAGUGGCACCAUCAGUUUGGACGAGCUGCUGGAGGCCUUGAAGCUGCUGGUACAUGGAAGUGAAACAGACAAACUCCGGUUCCUCUUCCAAGUUUAUGAUGUGGAUGGCAGUGGGUCCAUUGAACCUGAAGAAUUGCGCACGGUCUUGGAGUCAUGCUUGAAGGAGAGUUCAAUAUCUUUGCCAGAGAAGAAGUUAGAUGACCUCACGCUAGCCCUUUUCGAGUCGGCUGACUCUGACAACAGUGGGUCCAUCACCUUUGAGGAGCUCAGGGAGGAGCUGGAGCGCUUCCCAGAGGUCAUGGAGAACUUAACCAUAAGUGCUGCAAGCUGGUUAAAGCCCCCCACUGCUCUCAGGAAGAGCCAUGCACCACGCUACCUGCGCCCAGCCUAUUGGCAUAACAACAGGAGCAAGCUUCUCUUCCUGGGCAGCUACCUGUGCGUGAACAUCCUCCUCUUCACCUUUGCGGCCUUGAAGCAUGUUGACUCUGGCCCCUGGAUCAUGUUGGCCAAAGGUUGCGGUCAGUGCCUGAACUUCAACUGUGCAUUUAUAGUGGUGCUGAUGUUGCGCCGAUGUUUGACCUGGUUGCGGGCUACCUGGUUAGCCAGGCUUCUGCCUCUAGACCAGAAUGUCAUUCUGCACCAGCUAAUGGGCUAUGCAGUGGCGGUUCUAACAGCGAUUCACACAGGGGCCCAUGUGGCCAACUUUGUGAGAAUGUCUCAGAUCAAAGGCACUUAUCAGCUUUGGGAAUACCUCUUCACCACCCGGCCUGGGAUUGGCUGGAUUUAUGGAACUGCCUCCCUCACAGGUCUCGUGCUGCAGCUCCUCAUCGCCCUCAUGCUGGUGUGCUCUAGCACUUUUGUCCGCAAGGGUGGCCAUUUUGAGGUCUUCUACUGGACUCACCUUUCUUACAUCUUCAUUUGGGCUUUGCUAAUUGUCCACGGUCCUAAUUUUUGGAAGUGGUUUGUGGUGCCUGGAUUUCUUUUCCUCUUAGAGAAGAUCUUCGGUGUUGCCAUGUCACACGUUGGAGGACUGUACAUAGUAGAAAUCAACCUCUUGCCCUCAAAGGUAACUCAUCUGGUGAUCAAGAGACCUCCGUUUUUCCACUACAAACCUGGUGACUACGUGUACCUGAAUAUUCCAGUCAUAGCCAAGUAUGAAUGGCAUCCAUUCACCAUCAGCAGUGCUCCAGAGCAAGCAGGGACCAUCUGGCUGCAUAUACGGUCCCUGGGACAGUGGACCAACAGGCUAUAUGAAUACUUCUGGAAUCAACAGGAGUGUCGUGGCCACAGGUCCGAAUGGCUGGACAGAAAGGCAAAGAAGAAAAACAGGUCCCAGAAAUGGGUGCAGAUUCCUGGCAGGCUUAUUGAGAAUCAGAGACUCUGUAACAUCAAGUGUUACAUCGAUGGUCCUUAUGGGACUCCCACGCGAAGGAUCUUCACAUCAGAGCAUGCUGUUCUGAUAGGAGCAGGAAUUGGGAUUACACCCUUUGCCUCCAUUUUGCAAAGCAUCAUGUUCAGACACCGUAUGCGAAAGCAAACCUCUUCUAGCCAGGAAAACAUGAAGCUCCUGAAGGUUGACUUUAUCUGGAUCAACAGAGACCAAAAAUCAUUUGAAUGGUUUGUAAGCCUGCUGACCCAGCUGGAAAUCAAUCAGGCCGAAGAAGACCCUAGCAACUGCUUCUUGGAGAUGCACUUGUACAUGACCUCUGCGCUCGGCAAGAAUGACAUGAAGGCUAUUGGCCUGCAGAUGGCGUUAGAUCUCCUAGCCAAAAAGGAGAAGAAAGACUCCAUCACGGGCCUCAAGACAAGAACCCAGCCGGGGCGCCCAGAUUGGAACAAGCUUUUUCAGAAACUAGCGAAAGAAAACAAAGGCAAGGUCCACGUCUUCUUCUGUGGCUCUCCAGCUCUUGCCAAGGUCAUCAAAGCUCAUUGUGAGCAGUUCAACUUCCAGUUCUUCAAGGAGCACUUUUAAGCAGCAUCCCCGGGGGCCAUCCUGGACUGAGAUGUUAAGGCUGCAAGU